AUGCCCAUGGGAGGCCGUCUGAGACAGGAGUACCACACUGCCAGGGUCACCAUCAUACCUGACCUGGACGACGCCGGUGUGGACUACGUCGGUAUCAGCAGGAACCUGGACUUUGCCCCGGGGGUCAGCCAGCAGACGUUCAGGGUUACCAUCCUGGAUGACCUGGGUCAGCCGGUGCUGGAGGGGACCGAGACAUUCGAGCUGAUCCUCCGCAUGCCCAUGAACGGCAUCCUGGGAGAACCAGGGAAGGCCACCAUCCUCAUCAACGACUCCGUCUCUGACCGGGAGGUGGAGAAGCCGUGUGUUCUGUCCUUGGUUGAUGACACGGAGCAUGAGGAGGAGGAGGAGCUGAGGCUGGUGUUGGGGUCGCCCCGCAGUGAGUCUCCGUUCGGAGCGUCCAUCGGGAAACAGAACGAGACUCUGGUCAAGAUCAAGGACGAGGCAGACAAGGCCAUCAUCAAGUUUGGGGAGACUAAGUUCAGUGUGAGUGAGCCUAGCGGGUCAGGCCAGGUGUCCAUGGUGAAGAUCCCAGUGCUGAGGGUAGGAGACACCUCCAAGGUCUCUGUGGUCCGCGUCCACACCAAGGACGGAUCAGCCACCUCCGGAGAGGACUACCAUCCUGUAUCUGAAGAUAUUGAGUUCAAGGAGGGUGACACAGAGCACUACAUCGAGGUGGAGAUCUUGUAUGAUGGAGUCAGAGAGAUGAGAGAAGCCUUCACGGUCCACCUGAAACCUGAUGAGAACAUGGUGGCUGAGACGCAGAUGAGUAAGGCCAUUAUCUACAUAGAGGAGACCAACAGCAUGGCGGAUGUCACCUUCCCCUCCGUCCCCCAGGUGUUCUCCYUACUGCAGUAUGACGACACCUCCAGGGCCAGAAACACCCCCUUGGUGGCAGGCUACCCCGUCGUCUGUGUCACGGCUUGUAACCCUAAGUACCCUGACUACGACAAAACUGGCUCCAUCUGCAUCAGCGAGCACAUCAAUGACACGCUGACACGCUAUCGAUGGUUGAUCAGCGCUCCAACCAGCCUGGACGGGGUCACCAGCUCCAUGAGAGAGGUGGACUUUGAUACCUUCUUCUCCUCCUCCAAGAUCAUCACCUUGGACUCUGUUUAUUUCCAGGCUGGCUCUAGGUGCAUGUGCAGCCGGGCUGGUGAACUCUACGGAGACGAUGGCCUGGAACUCAGCAGCUCCAUAGUCUCCAUCAGUAUAGAGAAUGUAUGUGCCAGCCUCGUGUGGUGGCGUACAGUGGGCGCUGAGCCCCUUCUCUUGCCAAGCUACGCUACACCGGAGCAGAGGACCCAGACCACCCCAACUCAUCAAGAUCACUGUCAACAUGCCACACAUAGACGGCAUGCUCCCCGUGGUCUCCACCCGUCCUCUGUCUAACUUUGAGCUGACUUGAGUCCUGAUGUACUCGUGUGGGAACCACC